GGGCCGAGUGGCAGCGCGAGUUACCCGCGCGGUACCUCCUGAGUGGCCCAUCGGGCGGAAGGAACUGCAGACCGGGUCGCCGAGCUAUGAUCAGCUCGGUGGCGGGGCCAGACUGCUGCGGAGGCCUCGGCAAUAUCGAUUUUAGGCAGGCAGACCUCUGCGUUAUGACCCGGCUGCUUGGCUACGUAGACCCCUCGGAUCCCAGCUUUAUGGCCGCUGUGCUCACCAUUGCUUUCAACCCACUCUUCUGGAAUGUGGUGGCAAGAUGGGAGCAGAGAACUCACAAGCUGAGCAAGUCCUUCGGGUCCCCCUACCUGGCCUGCUACUCCCUGGGCUGUGUCAUCUUGUUCCUGAACUUCUUACGCUCAUACUGCUUCACACAGGCAAUGUUGAAACAGCCCAAGAUGGAGGGCCUGGAUAACCCCGCUGCCUACUGCCUGGGCCUUGUGCUCGUGGGUGCAGGUGUCGUGUUUGUGCUGUCCAGCUUCUUCGCACUGGGGUUCACCGGAACCUUCCUAGGUGACUACUUCGGGAUCCUCAAAGAGGCCAGAGUGACCACAUUCCCCUUCAACGUCCUGGACAACCCCAUGUACUGGGGGAGCACCAUCAACUAUCUGGGCUGGGCCAUCAUGCACGCCAGUCCUACGGGCCUGCUGCUGACGGCGCUGGUAGCCCUGGUCUACGUGGUGGCCGUCCUGUAUGAAGAGCCCUUCACUGCAGAGAUCUACCGGCAGAAAGCAGCCAUCAGGUCACACAAAAGGAGCUGACUGGGCGGCCGUGGACCCAUCCAGGGCCCUCAUGGCCUCUCAGCCCGCGCCAGGCUCCCAGCUCUGCUCAGGGAGAGCGUUGUUCCCUGCUCCUGGAGCACGCCUGGCACAGGCCACUCCAGUGCCUUGGAAACCACUGCCUUGGGGGCCCCAGGCUGCUGUGUGGCCAUCUCGCCCCCCUGUCCUCAGUGUGCCCCAUUUACCAAUA